UAAGAUGAACAAGAACCACACACAUACAUCCACCUUACCAUAAACCAAAAUAUAACCGUAUAAACAGAUAAACCCACAAUUCGUUCCACUUGACCCACAAUCCCACUUUAUUGAAAUACCCAUAAACAAUUUAAUUAACAAAAAUGAUUAGCAGUACUGCUCUUCACUUGAACACUUUAUCCUCAAAUUUCUCAACUUCUAACAACUUCAAACACAUAACAAAACACAUUAUUAGAACAACCAGCAACAGAAACAAUGUAAUUAGGUUUAAGUUUAACAAUUAUACAAGCAAAAUCAGAGCUGUUGGAACUAUUCCAGAGAGAGAUCAAGCUACUGAUGAAGCAAAUGAGGAAGAAGAACUCGAACCACCUUAUGUUGGAUUUGCAUUUGUCAGUUCAGUGUUACUCCCUGAUGGAACGCCUGAUAUGCAUUUGCGGUCAGCAACGGGUGGACAGAAGUUAAGGGAUAUAAUGUUGGAUAAUGAUAUUGACCUUUAUGGACCUUAUGCAAGGCCAUUGUUAAACUGUGCCGGUGGUGGAACAUGUGCAUCAUGCAUGGUGGAGGUGAUUGAAGGCAAGGAGCUUCUUAAUCCCAGGACUGAAAAAGAGAAAGAACAUCUAAAGAAGAAGCCAAAGAAUUGGAGACUUGCUUGUCAAAUUACAGUUGGUACACCAGAAUCUAGAGGAAUGGUUGUAAUCCAGCAACUACCAGAAUGGAAAGCACAUGAAUGGAAAUAUGAAAAAGAUGGCCCUAUUGUUUCUGAGUAGUUACUACUCUAACUUCAUAGAUUUUGUAUAUUAUCAAAGUAUAAUUAUUACACAAAAUAAUGAAGUUCAAACAAAGUUUUUUGUCUCAAA